AUGGCUUUUUCAGGCUUUGCGGCGCAGCCGGUUCAGCUCGACCCGAGGUUUCGCUACGCCGCUGCGCCGGAGACUAUCGUUAUGCAACCGGAGAUGACCAUGACUUGGUGGAUGCCAUCGGGUUACACAUACCAGGACAAAGCGCAGACGCAGCAGCAGGUGCUGAAACUGCAGGAGCUCAUUCGCUUCGAGGGCCCCACCGAGCCCAAAGCAGAUGCCCUGGAGGUUUCGCUCAACGUGAUAGACAGCGACAUCGCCUGGGAACCCAAAAAGGAUGUGGGGGAGGUACUCUUCACAUUGUCACAGAUCGCAGGGACUUGCGAGGUGGCAUCGCUUGUGUCCGGUCUCCACUACAUGGCGAAGCUUUCGGAGCAAGAUGCCUAUGGCGUCAUGGGAGGACUGGAGAAUGUGUUACAUGACCCACGCCUUGCCAACGUUCUCUUGGUGUUCAGGUCAAAGGCCCACGGGGUUACAACUUCACGCGCCAUCAUGCGAGCCAUUUGGGCCUUGGGCAAGCUUGGAGUCAGAGGCAAGGAAGUGCAGGGCAUCAUCGCCGAGCUCGCACAAACCUCCCUGCCAAUCAUCAGCCAGUUUUCGUGCCAGGAGCUUUCAAACACGCUUUGGGGCCUGGCCAGGUUGAGCGAGAGCUUAUACGGGCUGAUGCCGGAAGGAACUCAGCUCGCAUACUCGGUGAUGAUGCAGAGCACGACGCGGCUGGCCCAGUUCAGCACACAGUGCCUCACCAACAGCCUUUGGGCUGUGGCGAAGCUGGGGCUCAAGGGCCCGGAAGUGAAAUCCUUCUGCAAUGAGUGCCUCUUUUACAUUAAGGAGGUGAUGUUCCGGGAGAUGUCACCACAGGGUCUGGCCAACAGCCUCUGGGCCUGUGCCAAGCUCCAGUCCGAACCCCGGGCGGCGGACGCCCCGUUGGACAAGGAGGCAGUGAAGCUCUUCUGCAGAGAUGCGGCGCGGCGGACAAGAGCCUCCGAAAACCUGCUGGAGAUGUUCUUCCCGCAGGAGCUCUCCAUGGCGCUGUGGGCCAUGGCCAAGUUGAUGGGGCGCCGGCCCCGCUUCAAGUCGAAGGACGACUGCUUCCAGGACGUGUGGAGGUUCGCCGAGUCUGUCGCUUCCGAAGCUGCAAGCCGCAUCUGCGACUUCAGCCCCCAGGGCGUGUCGACCAUCGCCUGGUCGCUGGCGACGCUCGAUGUGAUGAAUGGCGCGGAGGCCUUGUAUUUCUUCGAAGUCGCUGCCCAAGUCGCCACGCUGAAUAUCAAGGCAUACCCCCCGCAGGCCAUCGCGAACUGCUGCUGGGCCUUCAACCGCCUCAGCCAGAAGGGCUACGCCAUCGAGUACUUCGGCAGAGUGGCCGCCGACGAAGCCCUAAGAAGGAUCGAUGAGUUCUCAUGGCAGGACUGCUCCGGCAUUGUCAGCGCGCUGAUGAACACCACCCCCCAGAGCAGCAUGGAGGUGCGUCUGCUCGCCGAGGAGGUGGUUAUUCGAGCGAGAAGCCACUGCAAGAAGAUCGGCACUCAGGCACUCCUGAACAUCGCUCUCUCGGGUGUGAGGUUGAAGGUCGCCCUGGAGGUCAUGACGCCCUUGGUGUAUGAAAUCGGCCAAGCAUUCGAUGGCCACAUGCACAACUUGAACGAAAUCGAUUUGAGGCAAUGGGAGGAAGUGCAGCGCUACUGUCACAUUCACGUUCCUGGCUCCACCGCCGGCAAGAGUCGGGAGUGGAAAAGUGGCCGGGGACGCCGUGGCAAGUAA